AGAACCAGAGGAGAACCAGAAGGAGAGGAUGUCUUGUUUAUUGCCACAAUUCAAGUGUCAGCCUGAUACUUUUUCUAUUCAAUUCAGAACCCACCAUUCCCACCAUUCAAAACAUAAAGAAUCCGCAGGUUUCCGGGCCCAAUGCAUCGUAUCUACCACUUCAUCGACAUCAACAGCAACAACCACAGUGCUUGAUGUACAGAAACUAAGAUUACCAUCUUUUGAGGCUCAUUCCAAUUCAGUUGUGACAGAUAGACCAUGGACAUACACAGGGGCAACUGGUCCACCCUCAGAGGCAAGCUUUGGGGCAACUUUAGCAACUGAAAAUCUUCUUACGAGUGAUGAGGCCGUAAUUGCUGCUGCAGCUGCUGAAGCAGUAGCUCUUGCACGAGCGGCUGCUAAGGUUGCUAAGGAUGCUGCUGUUAUGGUUAAAAAUUCUGCAAAAACAGAAAUGAAACCUUCAGGGUCAUCUGCAACUGACACUUUGACGUCCAAGUGGGCUCUGUUUACCGAAGCAGAGAGGGCCGGUAUUGUUGGAGAUACUCCCUCAGAUGAAUGUGAACUGGGAGAAGAAGAUUCGGAGCAAAAUUCUACAAAAGAAUCUGAUGAGCUAGAGCCCACAAGUGAAGAACUUAAACUUCUUGAGGAACAAUUAUCCGGUAGUAUAGCAGUGAGGUCAACGCGCCAAACUGAACGGAAAGCUAAACGGACAAGAGCAGCAAAGAAGGGUUCUGUCAACAUGGUGUCCAUGAAGUCCGGUCCUACCAACAGAAAACGGCGUGGUGCUUUACAAGAUAUAGACUACUCUGAUCCAUUGCGUUACUUGAGAGGGACUACUAGUACUUCCCGGCUUCUCACUGCUAACGAAGAAAUAAAGUUGUCAGAAGGAAUACAGGACUUGCUGAAACUGGAAAGCCUCCAGGAGGAGCUUGCCGAGCGAUGUGGACGGCAACCAACCAUUGCACAGUGGGCUGCUGCUGCUGGAGUUGACCGAAGGACCCUGAGACAGCGCUUAAAUUACGGCACACUUUGCAAGGAAAAAAUGAUUAAAAGCAACAUACGGCUCGUAAUUUCGAUCGCAAAAAAUUAUCAGGGAGCCGGAAUGGAUCUCCAAGAUCUUGUCCAGGAAGGAUGCCGAGGCCUUAUAAGAGGUGCUGAGAAGUUUGAUGCUUCUAAAGGCUUCAAGUUCUCAACUUAUGCUCACUGGUGGAUUAAGCAAGCUGUACGGAAGUCUCUCUCAGAUCAGUCGAGAACGAUUCGCUUGCCGUUUCACAUGGUUGAGGCUACGUAUCGAGUGAAGGAAGCACGAAAGCAGCUGUAUAGUGAAAAUGGAAGACAGCCUGACAAUGAGGAAGUUGCACAGGCAACAGGGCUGUCCAUGAAGAGGCUCACUGCUGUUCUACUCACGCCAAAGGCACCUCGAUCUCUCGAUCAGAAGAUUGGGAUUAACCAAAAUCUUAAACCAUCGGAAGUAAUUGCGGACCCCGAAGCAGAUUCGGCAGAAGAUAUCUUGCUGAAGGAGUUCAUGAAGAAGGAUCUGGAGAAGGUGUUGGACAGUUUGAGUCCAAGGGAGAGGCAGGUGAUCCGAUGGAGGUUCGGAAUGGAAGACGGCAGGAUGAAAACUUUGCAAGAAAUCGGGGAGUCGAUGGGUGUAAGUAGGGAAAGGAUCCGGCAAAUCGAGUUAUGCGCCUUUCGAAAGUUGAAGAACAAAAGGAGAACAAAACAUCUGCAGCAGUAUUUGCUUUCAUAUGCAUCAUAG